UUACUUUCUCAUCCAACCAUGGACUAUUUCAUCAUAUUAUCUUGAUUGUUCAUUUGUCUCAUACAGUAAAUCUAAUGUCUCACCUAGCAUUUUUCAACAGCUGUUCACUUUCCAUCGUCAUCAGUAUAUACAAUACAUAGCAGUUUUUACAGAUGGAUCUAAGUUCCCCUGGACAUGUUGGUUGUGGGAUUGUUGUGGCUAAUAUUACUUACAGCUACGACAUUCCUGUAAUUUGCUCUGUUUUUACAGCGGAAGCAUUUGCUAUCCUUUUAGCUUUAAGACUCAUUUCUUCGCAUUCGGCUAGAAAAUUUUGUAUAUACUUGGAUAGUUUGAGUGUUUUAAGACAGUUAGAACAUGUGAGAAACGAAGCUCAUCCAAUUUUAAUUUUUAUUCAACAUAUAUUGACUUCUCUAUACAAGAAGGGUUUUAAAAUUUUAUUUUGCUGGAUUCCCAGUCAUGUAGGUAUUAAAGGAAAUGACAAAGCUGAUUCUGCUGCACGAUCUGCCUCUUCUCCAAUAACAUUAUCUGUCCCAUUUUCUGAUUUAAAAAACCACAUUCGCAAACUUUUUCAGUGUUUAUGGCAGCAACACUGGGACCUGCAAGGCGAAAACAAAUUACAUUCUGUUAAACCUACUUUGGAGCCUUGGCCUGCACUGCACAUGCGCAGGACAGAUGUCAAACUCACCCGCUUGCGAGUAGGACAUACUCGACUUACACACCUUCAUUUGCUAUUUGGAGAGCCUCCUCCCAAGUGCAACGAUUGCAACGUUUUACUCACGAUUCAUCACAUUUUAAUACUUUGUACACUGUUUUGCAUCUUACCGGUCGCUACUUCGAAACAUUAGUACGCAACCAAGCAA